AUGACAGGUGUAAACAGAGAGGGUGGGAGUGGACUGGGGAAGAGGGAGGGUAGCCGGAUGGAGGGAGUCCAGGCUGCAUUUGCACUAAGAGCUGCUGUUGAUGAGCAGCAGAGCACGCUGAUGAGUGAGAGGAACAUGUUCUGUGAGGACGGAGAAACUUUGAAUAGCGCUGGGGAUGAAGAGCUGCCAACUGAACUCAGGGGCGAGGUCUUUCUCUCAUCAGACCUCACAAUGAAAUCAAAACCAUGCCAUGCGUGUGGACUGGAGGAGGAGGCUGCAGAUGUGUUUCAGAGUCAAAUGCUUGUACAGAUUUUGUCUGAUAUCCAACAAGUUCCUCUGACAGAUAAAAACAAUGGAGAAAGUGGCAAAAUUAAACAGAUUCUUAUCUGUUCAAACACCAAAAAGGGAACGAUCCUUCACCAGAGACCCGACACGAUCGUUCCUCUGACCAGACAACCACAAAACAUUUUAAAGUUUAGAUGCUUCCUAACAGUUGUUGCUCCCACAGAUUUGAAGGUGUGGGCAUUAAUGGGAGCGAUCUGUCUCUGCCACUGCAUCUUUGGGCAGCUGCCUGAGGCGAGCCUGAAAGGAACACGGCAACUGAUCUGCAGCGUUCCUGGCCCACCGGGCCUGCUCGGUAAACCAGGUCCCAGCGGGGCUCCGGGAGCAGUUGGGAAUGUUGGUAUUCCAGGAAGAGACGGCCGAGAUGGCAGGAAGGGUGAGAAGGGAGAAAAGGGAGACACAGGAAUGAAGGGCAGGGUGGGCUCAACGGGCAAGUUUGGAGAGAGAGGAGAACGUGGCCCUGCAGGCAAACGAGGCCCUGCAGGAGACAACGGAGAUCUGGGACCACACGGUCCACCAGGCCGAAAGGGAGAAAAGGGGGAAAAGGGUGAACGGGGACCCAGUGGAACAGCGGAUGGCAGCCUGUUGCCUAAAUCUGCCUUCUCUGUAGGAAUCACCAGCAGCUACCCUACAGAGAAGACCCCUAUCAAGUUCAACAAGGUCCUCCUCAAUGAAGGUGGACACUACAACCCACAGACAGGAAAAUACAUCAGUCCAUACCCAGGGAUUUAUUAUUUCUCUUAUGACAUCACACUGGCCAAUAAACACCUGGCUAUUGGGCUAGUGCAGAAUGGUCAGUAUCGCAUCAAAACCUUUGAUGCCAACACAGGAAACCACGAUGUGGCCUCUGGGUCUACUGUUAUGUACCUGAACCCAGAAGAUGAAGUGUGGCUGGAGAUCUUCUACCAUGACCAGAACGGUUUGUUUGCAGACCCCAGCUGGGCUGACAGCCUGUUCUCUGGGUUCCUGCUCUAUGCAGACACAAACUACUUUGACACACUGGCAGAAGAUUAUGCAUGAAACUCAAAAAGAAGAAGAAGAAGAAGAAAAUAUCAUUUCUAUAGCGCCUCUCAAGAUGAAAAUCACGAGGCGCUUCAGAAAAACAAAAAAUGUAAAAAUGUAAAAAAUAAUUUAGAAAAUGAUUAAAAAUCUAUUUAAAAUGAGCAAAAAAUUGACAAUUGUGAUUAAAAAGGUAAAGAAAGACAGAGAGUGAACAGGAAAGAGGGAAAUCAGUGGAUCCUGAGGAAGGUGGAAUAGGAGGGGAGAGCAGAAUAAAGAGAGAGAGGUGAAGAAGGUCAUACAAAAGCCAGCUUGAACAAGUGAGUCUUCAGCUGCUUUUUAAAGGAGACCACUGAGUCCACUGAUCUCAGGCUCAGGGGGAGAGAGGUCCAGAGUCUGGAGGCCACAGCAGCAGAUGAUCUGUCACCUUUGACCUUUAGCCUGGUGCUGCACAACCAGUAGGCUUUGAUCACUGGACCUCAGGGACCUGCUGGGGGUGUAGGGACUGAGAAGAUCACCAAUGUAAGAUGGUGCUUGUCCAUGUAAGGCCCUAUAGACCAGAACCAGGAUCUUGAAAUGAACCCUGAAGUUGACUGUAGGGCUGCUCAAUUAAUCGAAUUUUAAUCACAAUUACGAUCUGAGUUUUGAACGAUUAUAAAAACAAAACAAGCCGAUUAUUUGCUCCUCCCACUUGCGCUGCCCUGAGUUGCAAAUGAAGCGCUCCACAGUGUUGCCAACUUAGCAUCUUUGACGCUAUUUCUAGCAGCUUUUCAGACCCCCUUCUUGACUUUUUAAAUCUUAAAAGUACCUAGCGAACACCUCAGAAACAUCUCUGGUAACCCUUAGCUACUUUCUGGAUAACUGUCGUUGACACUUCCUGCAGGUUAGCUAAACACUCCACCUGCGCUCCGGACCGUUCUUCAGGACAUUAGGAAAGGGAAUGAUGUAGUGAUGUGUCAGUCGCUAAAGAAACGGCUCUCGGAGUCUGCUCUGUUGGAGUAAUCAGAGUGAGUGACACACACCGUACCUGCGGACUCCUGAGCCACUAAAUACAGCUAAAUGUGCGCGUGCGGCGCGCUAAACACAUGUGCAGCUUGCCCCUGAUUGCUGUGAGACUGGGUUGGGGGGUGGGGGGUGCAGCUGUGGUUGGGACAAUUAUUACAUUAACUGAUGGACUUGUAAAUAAAUAGUUUAUAAAUAAGGUAGAAAUAAGUUCCUCACGCUGAUAAAUAAUAACUAACCUCUCUGAGGACACGGUGCUAGUGUACUCUCCUACAGCACCUUGACACGACUCAAUAAAUGUUAUGCAACAUUUUGUGAACAUCAAUUUAUUUGCGUUUAUUUGUUAUAAAUGUCAAUGUAUAAUUCUUGCUGUCAGUAUUUGCAUGAUAUUGGUAUUUGGGUCUGUACUGGUUAGACUUAAAUGAGUUAAACCAAGGUCUAUAGCCCUUGGGUCAUAGACUAUGAGCUAUAAGUAUAUUGGUCUUUUUAUACUGGGAAUCAGGAGUUAUUUUAGUGAUCAUCUUGUUUCUUGUUUUUUUUGUCCUGAUUGUGCCCUGAGCAAUUUUAUGACUGAAUAAAAACAAAUAAAAUCAACAUAAAUUGAAAAAUCGUCCUAAAUGAUCGUGAUCUCAAUUUCAGUCACCAUAAUUGUGAUUAUUAUUUUUGCCAUAAUCGAGCAGCCCUAGUUGACUAGCAGCCAGUGAAGCUGGAGGAGAAGCGGGGUGAUGUGGGUGUGUUUGGAGGACUUGGUCAGAAGCCGAGCACAGGCGUUCUGAACCACCUGUAGACGGUUCAGCACAAAAUAACACCACUAACUACUGGUUAUUGAUGCCUCAGUAGUUCAGAACACGUGCAGGAUAUUCAUAUUUUGUUUUCAUACAGAUUUUUAUAACUAUCUCAAAAACAUGAACAGAAAUUGUGAUUUUGAACUAGGCUGAAAUAUUUCAGUAGCUUAAUUAAUAACAAUCAUGAACUCUGGAGAUUUUAAAAUCUGAAUGUGUGUGUGUGUGUGUGUGUGUGUGUGUGUGUGUGUGUGUGUGUGUGUGUGUGUGUGUGUGUGUGUGUGUGUGUGUGUGUGCAUGUGUGCGUGCAUG